UUUCUGGCUUUGCAACUCAUCGUUAACGGGCGAGCUGGGCCAAGAAUCCGGGAGUUGCUAAAUUGGGACCUGACUGCACUCGACGAAUACAUCCACCGCUGCAAACUGGGACCCUUCCGACCUGGCGUGGCUCGAGGUCUGGCGGAGGAGAUGGCCACGGCGCCGAACCAAGCGGGGCAGGCGCGAGCAGCGAAGGAGCUGCAAAAGCUGCGUUCAAAGGCCCGCUCGGAGCUGGGAAAGCUACGUCGGAUCCAGGAGAACCGGCUUGACCAGCUCAGAACACCCGAGGAGCCAGGAGCCCUUCCGCAGAAGGAAGACAAGGGAAAAGACUCCGCAAUCGCUGCUGGGUCUGCAUUCCCACAGGACGUCGACAUUCCUGCCUCUCAGUUCUUCGGACCCCUGCAAGUGAAGGGUGUAGAGCUGAAGAGGAUAUAUUUGUGA